CUGAACGAUUUCCAUGAUGAUGUGUUAUGCUCGAUUUUCGACCACCUCGAUUUGUACGAGCUUAAGCUGGCGUCGCUCGUGUGCCGUCGGUGGGCGGAACUUACCUUUGCCGGCCAAAGGAUAAACCGUGUUUGGUUGGUGCAGCCUGAUGCCGGAUUUGGCCUCUUGAGCAACACCCGCAGGAGGUAUCGCAACAUUCAUCACAAGGGUUUUUCACUUACCGAAGCACCGUUCGAAUGCUUGACACGGUUUCUGCAAACGCUGAAGCUUCCUGUUCGAUCGUUGAAAAUUGAUUAUAGAUUAACUUUCGAGGAAUUACGAUUGCUCCUGCUAGAAACUCCUGACGUACAAAAUUUCUCCCUGCAAACUACAAUUGACGACAACUGCGAAAUGAAUGGACCGUUCCCGGUUUUAGCGAAGCUAAAAUGCCUCAAGCUGUCCGGAAUAGCAAACAAUCAGUUGGAUUUCUUCCGAACGAAUGUCCCAAAUUUGCACAGUCUUUACAUGAGUUGCGAGACAAAUCGUGAACUGGAAGUAUGGAGACACCUGAGUGGGCAGUUAAAACUCGCUCACAUGUGUCUGUCAAAUUCAACAUAUUUCUCUCAUUUUCUCGAGUUAACGUUCCCACAUCUAGUGGAUUUUGCCAUAGGACAAAUUUUUUGUAGGACGACUGACGAGAUAGCUUCAAGCAGAGGUAAUGAUUUUUUUCCAAGACAUUCCUUGCUUCGAAGACUCUCCGUCUCCGUGCCUAUUCCAGUACAAUGGAUUCGAAGCAUUAGUUGCCACUGUCCUGGGCUGACGUCUCUGUCCCUUACGUUGGUGAAUCCGGAAGAAGGUAUUUUAGCAUCGCUGGUGCUACUAACAAAGCUGCGGCAUCUUUUAUUUCUCAAAUCGGAGUUUAUCUAUGAAAAUAGAAGUGAAUACACAAACAUGCAUACAAAACUGUUUCGCGGAACCAUCAAGUCGCUCGAAUCAGUUGAAUUAGAAAUACAUCCCAGUCGCAAUUUUCUCGAGAACCUUCUCGAAGCUGCUUCGCAAUUGAAACGUCUGGAUAUCAAGCUCACAUUUUACGACAGCCUUCUAUUGGAUGUUGAGUUCAUCUGCGAGAAUUUUUCCUGUCUCCGACGCUUAGAAGUGGACAUGUGUAACCAGACACCAGCCGACGAUUCUGUUAGAUUUGACAAGUUGGAACAUUUAGAGGAACUUACAAUAUGUAACGCUCUGGGCAUUAGCUACAUUCAUCGCAAUAACGUUCGGUGCUUGAAAAUAUGUUUUCAUCUGAUAAACAACGAGGAUCUUGGCCAGAUAGCGGAAAAGUUCCCCCUGCUGAAGAGAUUGACCUUUGAGUUCUGCUCCUGGCUUUCUGUGUCCGGGAUCAUACAGCUGCAUAAGAUGAUCCCCUCAUGUACAAUCGACUACGGUUCGCAACGUUUCUAUCCAGAUGUCUAUCCUUAG